AUGCGACGCCUCGCAGCCAGACUUUUACGGGCAAAUCCACCAUUCCAACGCCAUAGAACCUUCUCCCGACAUUUCUCCAAUACCCAAGCCCAGAAUGACAUAACCCAAUUCACGCGCCGCCUUUUCAAGCUCCCCUCCGCACCACCUCCACCCUCCCAACACCACAACAGCCUCUCCCAAUUUCUUACCUACGCCACUCGAAUCUCUCUCCCAGAGACUAGCACCGUCUACGUAGGCACACACUACGAGUACACCGUCCUCGACAGCCUACGCCGGUAUGCCCUAGCACUACACCGCAUCGGCGGCCGCGACGAUGCCGGAAUAGACCUAGUAGGCACCUGGCACCUCCCCACACACGAACAAUCGCGCGCCCUCCGCGUCCUAGUGCAAUGCAAAGCGCUUAAGGCAAAGCUUGGCCCGAAUAUUGUGCGCGAGCUUGAAGGCUCACUCCGGCAGGCACCGGUGGGCUGGCGCACGGGCCAGACGGUGGGGAUACUGGUAAGCCCGCGCGAGGCAACUAAGGGAGUCCGGGAUGCACUUGCGCGGAGCUCCUUUCCACUUUUUUGGAUGAUGGUUGAGCGGGAUGGGGCGCUAAGGCAGGCGCUUUGGAACUCAAAGGUGGAGGAAUUGGGCUUGGGUGCUCUUGGGAUUGAGACACGGUAUGCUACUGCCGAGGGCUCCGCGGGGUUGUUGAAGGAGGUUGCACUUACUUGGGAUGGAUGUGAUAUUCCUGAUAUGGAUGCCGUGGAGGAAGGAUUACUUCGGCAUGAGGAGUCGUGGAUGAAAUCUUGGGGAAAGGAAGUGGAACAUGUUGACAAGAGUGUAUUGUUGGAUGCUGUUGAAAAUGUCUUUCCGGAUGGUUGUCCUAGUGAGGCCGAUGGGAGUUUUGCGCAGGCACACCAGGCUAAAGUACUCGAGGCUUUGCGGGGGUGA